AUGCAUUUCAACAGCUUGACUUUGGCCUCCUUGGCCCUGGUUCCUUCUCUUAUCGAAGCUCACGGUGAUAUCCCAGGAGCUCCAAGAGUGUUUGGUAGAAGACCCGCUGUCUCCAGAGGCUCACGUACCGGAGCAAGCAGCUACCAACCGGUUGUUCCUGACAUCCACGACAAGCGCCAAUCUUCUUCCAACACCGAGGGACAAUGUGGACAGGGUUUUGGUUCUUGUGCUGAUGGUUAUUGUUGUUCUGAAGCUGGCUGGUGUGGCAAAGGCACUGAUUACUGUUCUGCGCCUGGAUGUCAGUUCAACUACGCUUCUGGGUGCGACGACAACAAGAUCCCAUCUGGCAGUAGCACUUCUACUGUUGCGAGACCCAAGCUCGGCAGUGUCUUGUAUGGUGGAGCCGGAAUCUAUGAUUGCACAGUGGCUGGAACCAUCGCCAUCACUUACGAUGACGGCCCCUACAUUUACACCGAGCAUGUCCUGGAUGUGUUGAAGCAGUACAAUGCCAAAGCCACCUUCUUCAUCACUGGCAACAACAACGGCAAAGGAGAAAUCGACAAUGCCGCCCUCCCUUGGGCUGCGACAAUCAAGAGAGCAUACAACGAAGGACACCAGAUUGCAUCCCAUACUUGGUCGCAUCCCCAUUUGUCUAACCUUACCAGCGCCCAGAGAAAGCAGAAUAUGUACAGCAAUGAGAUGGCAUUGCGCAACAUUCUGGGCUUCUUCCCUACUUACAUGAGACCUCCUUACUCCGACUGCGAUGCGGAGUCUGGAUGCCAGCAGGAUAUGGCUGAUCUCGGCUACCAUGUAACCUACUUUGAUGUCGAUACUGGCAACCCGGCUACCGACGAUUACCUCGUCAUAGGACACGACAUCCACAACCAGACUGCGAAUGUUCUGACUGCCUACAUGCUUGAGAGAAUUCUGGCUCUUGGUUACAAACCUGUUACUGUUGGCGAGUGUCUUGGUGACCCGAAGGAAAACUGGUACCGCAGCUCGUCUGGGAAUGUCUUCACUUCCUCCACUUCGGCGAUGACUUCGGCUACCAAGACUUCUGCGACGAUUGCUCCUACUGCCACAUCGAAUGACNGGACAGUGCGGUGGUGGCUCAGGAUUCAUGUGUACUGGCUCCGAGCUGGCUGGUGUGGCUCCGGAACUCUUUAUUGUGGCGAAGGCUGUCAAGCUGGCUUCGGCCAAUGCGGCAUCAAUGUCCCUCAGAGCAGCAGCACAAGCUCAACCGCUGCACCAGCUCAGCCAACAACGGUGUCGACCGACGCGACUUGUGGAGGGUCGAGCGGUAUGACCUGUCAAGGCUCGGUCUUUGGUAAUUGCUGCUCACCAGCUGGAUGGUGCGGCAGUACCGCUGCCUACUGCGGUGAUGGCUGUCAAUCGGGCUUCGGCUCUUGUGGUGACGCUGGUGCAGCAGCAAAAACCCCAGUCCAAGCAACAACCAGCGAUGCUGGAAAGUCAACACUCGCCACUUCUGCCACCAGUAAGGCAGCUACUACCACAAGUGCUCGGGCAACCCAGACAACGACUGCUGCCAAAGCAACAGCCACCAGCGGGUCGAGAAAUCAG